AUGGCCCGCUACAACCUCCCCCUCCUCCCGAUCCUCGUGUGCUCCACACUCCUGUUCGCAUUCGUCGUCUACAACAUCCCCACGACGACCCCAGCGCCCGCAAAAAUGUCAGCACCCAACAUCUCCGAGCUUCAGAUCAGCAUCACGCAAAAAUCCGCGUCGCCGCUGGUCCUCACCACGACCCUGCGGAACCCCACCACAUCGCCGGUCUCGAUCCUCCCGUGGAACAGUCCACUCGACGCUCUCGCGCCCUCGGUCGGCGUGUUCCGCGUGUUCGCUGCCGCCUCCGGCGACGAGGUCGACGCCGCGUUCAUGCGCAUCAACCGCCUCGUCCCGCCGCCAAAGGAGGACGUGGUCUUCGUGCCUGCCGGCGGAGAGGUCAGCGUCGAUCAUGAGCUGAAGGAGUUCAGGCUGCAGCCCGGGAAGUACAGGGUUGAGGCGGCUUGGACGUGGAUGCAGGUUUGGUGGGUGGAGGGGAGCCAGGUGGACGAGGCGAUGCUUGAGGCGGCGGCAAACCAGGGCCAGGGAGAGGAGCUUAAGGUGGUUGUUGAGAUCGAAAUUUAA